UUAGAAUCAGAGAUGCAACCAAAAUAAAGCCAAGUCCCGAAUAUUUUAACCCACAAAAUUAAAAUAAAAAUAGAAAUCGUCAUUCCAUUUACAACCACCAAUAGCUUACCCACACCCAAUGCCACAAACAAACUUUGCAUAUAUGAAUUACCUCCACUUCAACUAACUACCUUCUUCCACAACCCAAAACAAGAAGAAAAACAAAAAUGGCCAUGGCAAUGGCGCUUCGACGACUCUCCUCUUCCAUUGACAAGCCUCUCCGUCCUUUCUUCAAUGCCCCUUCCCUCUAUUACAUGUCGUCUUUGCCAAAUGAAGCUGUGUACGAGAAGGAGAAACCUGGCGUCACUUGGCCAAAGCAACUGAAUGCUCCACUUGAAACCGUUGAUCCUGAAAUUGCUGACAUCAUCGAGCUAGAAAAAGCGCGCCAAUGGAAGGGACUUGAACUCAUUCCAUCGGAGAACUUCACUUCGGUGUCAGUGAUGCAAGCAGUUGGGUCUAUCAUGACCAACAAGUACAGUGAAGGGUAUCCCGGUGCUAGAUACUAUGGAGGGAAUGAGUACAUCGACAUGGCAGAGACAUUGUGUCAGAAGCGUGCUCUGGAAGCAUUCAGGUUAGAUCCUGAAAAAUGGGGAGUGAAUGUGCAGCCCCUUUCUGGUUCUCCUUCCAAUUUUCAAGUUUACACUGCACUCUUAAAGCCUCAUGACAGAAUUAUGGCACUUGAUCUUCCCCAUGGUGGUCAUCUCUCUCAUGGUUAUCAGACGGACACCAAAAAGAUAUCUGCUGUGUCCAUAUUUUUUGAGACAAUGCCAUAUCGGUUGAAUGAAAACACUGGCUAUAUCGACUAUGAUCAGUUGGAGAAGAGUGCAACUCUUUUCAGGCCGAAAUUAAUAGUUGCUGGUGCCAGUGCUUAUGCACGUCUGUAUGAUUAUGCACGCAUUCGAAAGGUUUGUGACAAGCAAAAAGCAAUAAUGUUGGCAGACAUGGCACACAUCAGUGGUUUGGUUGCAGCCGGUGUUAUCCCUUCACCUUUCGAGUAUGCCGAUGUUGUUACCACCACAACUCACAAAUCACUUCGUGGGCCUCGUGGAGCCAUGAUUUUCUUCAGAAAGGGAGUGAAAGGGAUUAACAAACAAGGGAAAGAGGUUCUGUAUGAUUAUGAAGACAAAAUCAAUCAGGCUGUCUUUCCUGGACUUCAAGGUGGUCCGCACAACCACACAAUUACUGGUCUAGCAGUUGCACUGAAACAGGCAACAACUCCGGAGUACAAGGCCUACCAAGAGCAAGUUCUCAGUAAUUGCUCGAAGUUUGCACAGACUCUAGCUGCAAAAGGAUACGAACUUGUUUCUGGUGGAACAGAGAAUCAUCUAGUUUUGGUUAAUCUGAAGAACAAGGGCAUUGAUGGCUCCAGGGUUGAAAAGGUAUUGGAAGCAGUUCAUAUUGCUGCAAACAAAAACACUGUACCUGGAGAUGUGUCUGCUAUGGUUCCUGGUGGCAUCAGGAUGGGAACUCCGGCUCUUACGUCUAGGGGAUUUGUUGAGGAGGACUUUGUCAAGGUAGCAGAAUACUUUGAUGCUGCUGUGAACUUGGCAGUUAAAAUCAAGGCUGAAACUACAGGGACAAAGUUGAAAGACUUUGUGGCCACACUGCAGUCUGCUCACUUUCAAUCUGAGGUUGCAAAACUCCGCCAAGAUGUUGAGGAGUAUGCAAAGCAAUUCCCCACAAUUGGGUUCGACAAGGAAACCAUGAAGUACAAGAACUAAAAUAUCAGCCUUGUCUCGAAGGUAUGCAUGAGAUUUAUUAGUAGUGGAGGCGGACCAGGAAUAAAACUUUACUAGCAGGCCAAAUUGUGUAGAAUGCGAAUUAACCUUUCAAGGGUCUUAAUGAGAAAACUUCGGUUUGCAUCUUCACUAAAUGUGUAUACAUACAUAUAUGAAAGCAUAUUUAUGAUAUGAAACAUCAAACUUUGCUUUGAGAUAUAAUAUUACUGUCUAGAAUUUGAUUUC